AUGGUCCGCAUCACCCUUUUCGCUACUAUCGCUUUUGCGGCUACCGCUUUCUCUCUUUCUCCCAACAAUGCCGGCGCCAGGAACGUCGGCAAGGGCGACGGCUCCCAGUUCAUCACCGGAGGCUGCGUCGACAACGCCGACUGCUCGUCCGCUUGCUGCGCGAACCUCAGUGGCGUCGGCAUCUGCUCAGCCGAGGCGGCGCAGUUCCAGAAUGGCAAGAAGGGCUGCAACUUCGUCGACCCUAACAAGGAUGCGACUAUCGCUGCGGCUAAGGCUCAGGUCAAGAAGCAGGGUUUCUAA